AUGUAAAAACAUAAAUCACAGAAAACUACAUUCUGUCAAAAUAAGGAAUACAGCAACAGUUCGGGAUUAUAGUGAAUGAGGAGUUUAGGGAAAACCGCGUGAAUAAAACGAUGGGAAAGGGUCUGGAAUAUGGGGAAAUCUAUGGAAAAGCUGCAGAGUUGACCAAGUUGAAGGAGAAAAGUUUGGGAAAACUUUAGCACUUCUUCGUGCAUGGAUGCGACUCGAGAAGACAUGUAAGGUCAGAAUGCAGGAGAGUUCUCUCUCUCUCACGUUGUUUAAUUCACUGUCGUUGUAGUGUAAUUCAUUGUCGUUUUACUGUAAACGCUGGUUUCUUGUUUUGAGACUCUUAAUUAGAGUAGAGAGAAAAAGACUGCAGCAAAUGGUGGUUAAAAGUGUUGCCUAUUGUACGAGCUCAAUUGAAAAGGGGUGAAAGCCUAGCCACUGUAGAAGAAAAAGUGCUUUACCGCAAUGAAUUAACGAAAGGAGAGAACAUAACAAAAAUACACGCACAAUGGCAGAAACGGAGACAGAGAAGGUGUAUAGCAGGGUCUCUUUCAAAAAGUUUGAAAGUUGGAGCUCAAACAAAAGUCCCUGUGAAAAUCAACAAAACAAAUCAAAGGAUUUGGAGAGCAGUAGCAGCGCCCUUCCCCCUCCAUCUACGGCUGCGGCAGAGAAAGCGCAGCCCUCGGCUAUGCGCAAUGUUAGUGUGUCAAGGAAAGUUUCCAAAAUCUCCGCUGCCAGCCUCGACACCGCAGAGCUAAAGAAAGCCUCUUCCACUCCUCUCUCCUCCAUUUCUCCCUCUAUUCGACAACUCACUGAAAAGUUCAGUAGCAAUAAUUCGGCUCGGAAUCACGGAGCCCCGAGCCCUGGCAGUAACGUGGCCGGGAAGAGCACAACUUUAACCCGAUUUAAAAGCAGAAGGGGAGAGAGAUCCCCGUCUCGGAAUUUAUUCCACGAGGACAGUGGAUAUUUACAAGUUACUGACACGGUGUCAACAGAGUCUUCGACUGACACUAAAGUUCAGCAACAAACGUUUUAUUCAGGCACAGACUCUGUCUCUGGGUCGGAUUCGGAUAGAAAUCAACAAUUGAUUUAUACUCGCAAAUCUGCUCAAGGCAGCAGCGUUGGGUCUGGUAAAAGAGAUUAUUCCCAAAUUGAUCCGUCUAUCUCUGAUAACAAUAACUGCAGUGAAACGUUGAACGCUGAGGAUGAUGUUUCUGUCAGUGGGGCGCCUGCCUGCAAGUCACACAGGAGCUAUUUCACAAGUCACCAUGGAGAUUCUCCUGUUCACAUUGAUUUAACCAACUGGCCCAGUGUCACCAAGAUCCGAGAGCUUUUUGGGGACAGGCACAGAAAGAAGCACCGGUCCACCUCUGAUGCAGAGGAUUUAAAGUCUGCUGACCACCUCGAGCUUUUCAGCAGCUCCAAAGAGAACUCUGUAUCAGACAGAAGCGACAGGCAGUCUCCCAACAGCCCAACCCCGGAAGCCACUAGCCUCUCACUGUCAGACAGACACCGCAGCAGGGCUGCCUCCCUGGGCAGAGAGAGGAGACACCAGGGCAUGGACUCAGCCUUUCACCCUGACCAGCACUACUCAGACAAGGCAGAGAUUGAGCCAGCCAGCGCUAGUAUUAGUAGAAGUGGUAUGUUUCUUAGGGUGGCGCAGCCAUCAAACACGCACAGACCCCACAGCCCCAGCAGUGGAGUAGAGGGGCCUGAGACCUGUCCAUCUAGUCUGAACUCUGACCCUCCACCCUCUGUCCUAGCCACUGGCCCCACCUCCCCACCUCGGAGCAGCUCCAGGGGCCUCUCCUCCUCCUGUGUCUGCCCCUCUGUAGAGCAGCAGCGGAGCCAGGGGGCCGGGCAGCCCAGGGAUAGUUUACAUUCCUCACAUAGCUUCUCCAGACCAGUGGCCCCCUCCUCUGAUAGAGCCUCAGCCAGGGCAGCCAUCACAGCCCGCUGGAGGUUCAGCUCAGGAGACGAAGAAGAGGAGUACCACCGAGCAGGAGGAAGGAGCGCUCCCUCGUUAGGUGUCAGUGGAAGUUACCUCUCCCGCGGUAAGAAUGGUUGGUGGGGUGGAAAGGUCCCCGGAAGGUCUUCAGGCAGUGAAGAGGACAGCCCUGCAUCACUAGGACCUAGCCGAGACACCAUGCGACGCCGUUCACUGAGGAAGAAGAAGAAGAACAGCGAAGUUGCCAUAGCAACGGAACGAGACAAUGGUGAAUCGGACGACAGCGACGACGAGCAGACAGGUAUGAUGGAACACCUAGAGAGACACCAACAGAACACCGCCGCCACUACAGAACAGGCUGGUAGCUCUCGGAACCGGCUCGGAGAACCCGAAGGCUCUAGAAACAAUGCAGCGCAGAGGGGACGCAAUUACACUCCUAACCAGAUGGUGGCGCAGGAGAGCUACAGACGCCAAUACACCUCAGGUGGGCCGGGGACAUCAUCUCCCUUGACCACGCCCCUCACAGGGGUAUCACGGGUGUCAAAGGUCAACAUCUCAUCGUUUAUUUCGAGUCCCGGUGGAUCGCAGACCAGCAGUAGAUACUGUAGCACAGAGACGCUGAAAGAAGACCAAGCUAGCUAUGCUAACAGAAUGGCUAACACUACUACUACUACCACCACCCCAGGCAGUGUGGUCGGUGCAUCCUCCUCGAUGCUCAGUAAGACCUACCACGGUAACUUUACCAUGUACCGCUCCCCCAGCUUCGGACAUGGGGAUAACUUAUCCCGCGCCCCUGUUAGAGUCUGCCCCCACCUUCUUCCCCCUGUCAACCCACCAUCUCCAGCCACAGGGGACACUCGAGGGGUUACUAGGGAGGAGACUACAGUGUUCCAGCGGUUGAUAAGUGGUGGCGUAGUCGGGGAUAAGGACAGGAACAGGAUGUCAAUGUCAAACCCGGAUAUUGCUUCGGAAACAAUGUCCCUCCUCAGCUUCCUGAAAAGUGACCUAUCAGAGCUCAGAGUUCGGAAGACGGACAGGUCAGGGGUUACUGAGGGGUCAUCUGCGGUGUACAGGAUGGGGUCAAGAGGUCUCCACCCAGGACUCCGCCCUUCAUUAAAGGACCUCACUGCAACUCUUCGACGCGCCAAAUCCUUCACUUACUCUGAUAAACCAGAAGGGAUGCAACAUUCAGAUGGGUCCUCGGCCAAAAGAAGCUCUUCUGAGCAACGUCUGGAUUUAGACGGAGAGCGUGAUGGAGGGAGGAGGGUGGUGCCUGCCAGAGAGGUGGAGAGUGACGGAGGGGACUGCAGAGCAGGGGGUUAUGGGGAUGAGGAAGUUAUGCCUACUCCGCUGCAGGACAGGUAUGUACAGGAGGCCAGACAGGUGAUCAGAGAUAUCUGCCAGAUGAGCGCUCGCAAGGAUGAUGAUAACGAGGAUGAUAUGCUAGCGACAGAUUCCACUGAGGAUGACGGUUUCAAAAGGAAGCAAGUGGAGGAGCAGGAGACAAAAGAGAGGGAGGGGAGAGCUAGGGAGGCUGAGGUUGACAUUGGUGCAGCCUCCAUUUCAGGGGAACAAGAGAAGAGGGAGGGGGAAUGUGAAAACAGAGAACGAGAGAAGUGCCUACUGAAGGGAGAUUCUGAGGAGAACGUGUUUUAUGACCGAUUUGUUGAUGAGCUAUCGGGUCACGAGUCAAGCCUCACAGAUGAGGGCAUAGUCACAGAACCAGAGACUGGACCUGGUGACCCUGAGAGGUUAUUUGUGGGGUCAAGUUUAGGAUCAUCUUUGGCCAGAGAUGUGCUAGGUCAACCCCUGACUGUCUGGAAGCAGUCUGCUCUGCAUGAGGAGAAAUGGCCAGAGUUAAACGAGGGAAUGCGAGAGGGAUCGAGGUUAUACGCAGGAGCGGGAGAGAAACGAGAGAACCUGGUCUCUGUUCCUGCUCUUGGGACUGAGACUGAGAGCAUUGAUGUAGUAACAGAGAUGAGCAGCGUCAACAACAACAGUACUAGUGGGAGGACUAAUGUAUCCCAGAGUGCCUCAGCCCCAGGACUUGAGGCUCCUCCCACUCCGAGCGCUAUCCGCCGCCGCCGUAAGUUUUCCUCAGCAGGGAACACUGGUUCUGACUCCAGCAACGGCAGCAACGGGGAGUCCAACGGGGAUCCUACUGUUUACCGUUCGCUAAGCGACCCCAUGCCUCAACGGCGCCACUCUGUGUCAGAAGAAGGGAAUAACAGUUUCUCUGUGGAUAGUAACCUGCUGGGGUCGCUCUCUCUCUCCUCCAAGGGGGCAGGAGGAGUCGGAGGAGGAAGUGUCCCAGAGUCGUCCUCUGCAGCUGAUCUAUCAGAGUGCACGGGCAGCGUGACCAGCGAGCUAUCGGUGUGCAGUGAUGGUGGUCUCCGUGACGAUAGUCUCCGUGACGACUACAGCAACGUGAUCCGGAGCAUUGUUGCAGAGCCAGGAGCAAUGGACCGAUUGAUGACAGAUGACAAAAACAACGGGAAAGCCACGAAGAAGAAGUCCUUCUCGGACCCCAGUCGCCGUGGUGAUGGCCACCUGCUUGACGAAUCAGGGUUCAAAAGUCACCAUCACCCCAACGAACCAAUCAGUGAGCUGGAUCAGCUUGGUCAGAUCCCGCCCUCCAGUAGUGAGCCAAUCCUGAGUGAGCAGAGAGAUGAGCUGUGGGAGCUCGGAGACGAACGUGGACGUCCAUUACGUAGUCGCCCUGUCAACAAUGAAGGUGGCAAACUCCGCUCCCAAUCAGAACGGGAGCUGCACUCCUGUCUCUAUGGUGAUGACACAGAUGGAGGGGGAGGUGGGCAGAUAUUGAACUUUGACCCCGAACUUGCGGAGGCUCUAUCUCCCAAAAUAGGCCGGCGGGCCUCCAGGAAACGCCCCAACCGAGUCGCACAAACAGCAUCGGAGGAGCUGGACCACUCGGAACCAGGUCCAGAAGACCACGGUCCAGAGGAGAGCCAGGAUCAAGACCAGACUGAGCUCAACCUCCCACUGCCCCCGCCCCCCCCCAAAGCCAGGUCCAAGCACGUCCGCCACGCCAGCGAACCUGCCACCUUCGUCCCCAUCUCCCCACCUCCACAGCCCCCGCCUGCCUUGCUACCCGCCUCUGAACCCUCCAUCCUGGGUCAGCCCACUGGUGUGGAGGCCCCCUCCCUGGAGGAUGUGACCAAGCGGUAUAUUCUGGCUCUGAAUGCUCCUGGGUGCGAGGGGGAGCUGUCUGGGCCUGGGUCUGGAGGAACGGUGCCUGUACCAGACGGGUCCAACUCCAGCCCUGCUACUCCCACUGGUGCCAGAGAACCCAGACUGCAGAGGAAGAGCAGUGAGGAGCUGACCACACCAGCCCCACAGAGAGCCAAACCCAGAGUGGAUAUGAGAAGACAUGUCGUGAUGACCCUCCUGGACACUGAGCAGUCUUAUGUGGAGUCGCUCCGGACACUCAUACAGGGCUAUAUGCGGCCUCUGAAGCAGCCAGACAGUGGUUCCCUAGUUGAUCCCUCAUUGGUGGAUGAGAUGUUCUAUCAGAUCCCAGAGAUCCUGGAGCACCAUGAGCACUUCCUGGAACAGGUCACCGGCUGCAUCAGCCAAUGGCACGACAAACAGACCGUGGGUCAGCUGCUUAUCCAAUCGUUCUCCAAAGAGAUUCUUGCUAAUAUUUAUUCAGCAUACAUCGAUAACUUUCUGAACGCCAAAGACGCAGUGAGGAUCGCAAAGGAGGCCAAGCCAGCAUUCCUCAAGUUCCUGGAGACCAGUAUGCGUGAGAACAAGGAGAAGCAGGCCCUGGGUGAUCUGAUGAUCAAGCCUGUCCAGAGGAUCCCCCGUUAUGAGCUGUUGGUCAAGGAUCUGUUGAAGCACACUGCUGAGGAACAUCCAGACCACCCGUUGCUAUUGGACGCCCAGAGAGACAUCAAGCGAUUGGCUGAGAAGAUCAAUAAGGGGCGUCGCUCUGCGGAGGAGGUGGAGAGAGAGACACGCGUCAUGCAGGAGAUAGAAGCCCACAUCGAGGGAGUGGAACACGUCAGAGAUAUCCUUAACCCAAUGAGGAAGUUCCUGAGACAGGAGAUGGUGAUGGAGGCGAAGACCGUGGGGGGUAAGAAGGACCGUUCUCUCUUCCUCUUCAGUGAUCUGCUCAUCUGCACCACCCUAAAGAGGAAGUCUGGAUCCCUGAGACGCAGCUCCAUGAGCCUGUACUCUGCUGCCAGUGUGAUCGACACUUCCAGUAAAUAUAAGUUCCUGUGGAAACUUCCCCUAGAGGACGUGGAGAUUGUAAAAAGCCCCUCCCAGGCAACCAACAAAGAGACCAUCCAGAAGAUGAUUGGUCGAUUGGACGAGGACCUGAGUACACUGGGACACAUCAGCAAACUAUCAGAGACUCUCAGCUUCCCUCACCAGUCUCUGGAUGAUGUGAUAAAGGACCUGAUGGUGUCAGUCCACAGGGAGCUUGCAGAGAAACAGUCUCUAGCCUUCAGUAUGAGCUUCCUGCCCACCAAGCUGGAGCUGACCACCGCCUCGGCAGAAACCAGCUUCGUCUUCGAGUUCAGCUCCCCAGACACACGCAGCAACUUCCAACAGGCCUUCGAAGAUGCCAAGAAGCAACUGGCAAUGAAUAAGGACCAGUGGGACCCAGAGUUCCUGAAGGCUAUCCCCAUUAUGAAGACCCGUAGUGGGAUGCAGUUCUCCUGUGCCUCCCCCAGCCACAGUUGUCCAGAGAGCAGCAGUGAGGUGUGGGUGUGUAACAGUGAUGGUUACGUGGGCCAGGUGUGUCUGCUCAACAUCAGAGACCAGCCCACUGUAGAGGCCUGUAUCGCUGUCUGCUCUGCUAGGAUCAUCUGCAUCGCCGCGGUCCCUGGACUCAAGGGGAGGGAACGUGGAGUGGACCCCUUCCCUGCCCCUCCCCGUGUAGCUGUUGACUCCACCCCAUCCCAGCAGCAGCUACACAUCUCCAUUUCUCAUUCGUCGCUGCAGCUGACCGAGCCCCCUUCAGGGGCGGGUCCAGAGUUAGUUCCGUUUGACAGUGAUGACACGGACGAUGAAGAUUCUCCUAGCCCCUCCUCCACUCUGCAGAGCCAAGCCAGUCACUCUACUGUGUCAUCCAGCUAUGGCAAUGAGGAGGGGUCUGGUUCUAAGGACAUGGCUACAGAGACCACCAGUAGUGAGGAGGAGCAGGACUACCCAGAGGCCAGUCCUUAUGGAGCUCCAGGCAGGCCAGGGGUGGGUGGAAGAGGUCGACCCCACAGCGAGAGCCCCAUGGAUGGGAGAGCGAUGCGCCGCUCCUCCCGGGGAUCCUUCACUAGAGCCAGUCUGGAGGAUCUGCUCAGCAUUGACCCGGAGGCUUACCAGAGCUCUGUGUGGCUGGGCACAGAGGACGGAUGUAUCCAUGUGUACCAGUCAUCAGACAACAUCCGAAACCGUAAGAACAGCAUGAAGAUGCAGCAUUCUGCCCCCAUCCUGUGUAUUCUAUACCUGGACAACAAGGUGUUUGUGUCCCUGGCCAACGGAGAAGUGAUCGUCUACCAGAGGGAGGCGGGGAGUUUCUGGGACGCCCAGUCAUCCCAGACGUUGAGUCUGGGCACGCCCAGUAGUCCUGUCACUAAGAUGGUCCCGGUCGGUGGGAAGCUGUGGUGUGGUUCACAGAACCGCGUUCUCAUCAUCAACACAACCACACUGGUGCAAGAGCACUGGUUCCAGGUGGGCACAGACAGCAGUAGGUGUGUUACCUGCAUGGUGAGCUACGGCCAGGGGGUGUGGCUGGCGCUCCAGGGUAGUGCCCAGAUCAGACUUUACCACGCCCAGACCUGGGACAGCCUGACGGAGGUGGACGUGGCCCCCGCCGUGCACAAGAUGCUUGCAGGUUCAGAUGCGAUCAUCCGGCAACACAAGGCAGCGUGUCUGAGGAUCACAGCUCUCCUGGGCUGUAAGGACCUGCUGUGGAUCGGGACCAGCGCAGGGGUGGUCCUGACCCUGUCUAUCCCAGCCGUCAGCUCUGGGACUGUGUCAGGGACGCUGCGGUCACCUCUGACCCCCAUGGGCUCCGCUCACGGACACACUGGCCAUGUGAGGUUCCUCACCUCCAUAGAACUACCUGAAGGAUUCGAUGUCAACUUCCCCCUGCCCGCCGAUACCACAGCCCAGAGUGGUGUUGACGGGGGUAAUGGGGGUCUGCAGAGGCGGGACUCCUCUCACCGACGAGCCUCCGCCCUCCUUCCCGUCAAAACCAAUCAGCUGGUGAUCUCAGGUGGCGACGGCUACGAGGACUUCCGGCUGACCAAUAGCAGCAGUGAGACAGUGGGGCGGGACGACAGCACCAACCACUUACUGCUGUGGAGGGUCUGAGCCAAUCAGCCGGCCCCAUUUGAUAAAGCCCACCCCCUAAGCACCAGCAACAUACAGUACUGCCUUGGAGAGUUCUCUGACCCCUUUAAACCCCACCCUCAGCUGAAACCGCACACAAACCCCACCCUCCUCUUUAAACCCCUCCCCCUUUUUAUUAGGUCCAGUUUUUUUGUCCUUUGCUCAAUCUUCUGAUCUCUCUGUGCGCGGGUGUUGUUUGCCCAGACUGAAAAACUACAGGCUCACUUUAAACCAGGUUUCUGUUGUUUUCAUUUGUUCCGAUGCAACUGUGUGUGUUGUUAAUCGCUGAGUGGUGUGUGUGCUUGGUGUUCCGGCGUGAAUCACCCUCCACUUGUAUUGCUCAGUCUGUGGACUCCGUGUCAUAAUGAAACUCUACAGACUUUACUUGGAGAGAGAGAGAGAGAGAGGGAGAGGGAGAGGG